AUGGCAGUCGUUAGCGACGACACAAUCUUGAAGAAGGGCUUCCUACUUCCAGGUGACAUUGUCAGCAUCCUGCUCGCGCUUACUGGCCUCCCGAUUAUCACGGUGUUCUUCUACCAGCGGCUCCAGAAUGCGAGAACGAAACACUUCACUGUGGCAUCUGUCACGUUGCUACUGUCGUAUCUAUUCACCUUCCUCUUCAUCUACAUCCUCACCAUCCUCGUCCACCUCAAGACGGUGAACAAAGGCGUCUGCGAUUCGACCCUUGUCAUCUGUCUGACACUCUAUGUUGUGACGAAGGGAGCGGGCUUUCUGUUUCUCAUCGAAAGAGCAUACAUCAUCUCGUGGCCGGUCAAUCCAAGAUGGAAGACACCCGAGUACGUUCUUAGCUGUGUCCUCAUCUUCUGCCCAUACACAGCAGUGGCUGGAUUCUGCACCAAGAACCGAAUCGCGUACAACAAUGAGCACGACGUCUGCAUCAUCGGCAUACAAAUGUUCGCGCUUGUGCCUCUGUUGGUGGUCGAAGUCGUAUCCUACCUUUACCUGACGAUUCGAUUCCUCGUACCACUCAUUAUGGUUCACUUCGGCGGUGCUGGCGGAUUGCUGAUUCCACUCCGCAAAGUGGUGCUUAAGACUUUCAUCGGCACUGCCAUCACCAUGUUGUCAACAUUGGCGGUGAAAGUGUCGUUAACGCUGUUCAAUGGCGAGCCUGCGUGGCUCUGCUGUUUGACAUGCAAAGUCGAUGCAAUCAUCGCAGCAGCAGUGCUCCACUGGAUCACUGUACCAGAUCACACGGGAGAAGGCGAACAUGGCAGUCCGCAAGCUCUAGGCAUUGGCUUCGACAAGUCUACAACCGAAGCAUCACCCGGAAGUUCGGGAUCGAGAGGCACCGCACCGGACUCGCCGCGAGAGUUUGAUCUGAAAGAUGUGCUUUGA